UUCACCUGAGGGAAAGUUUCUGUCCUGUCAGCUGAGGGAAAGCUUCUGUUCUAACAGCUAAGGGAGGGCUUCUCUUCACUCAUCUGAGGGAAAGCUUCUCUCCCGUCACCUGAGGGAAGGAUCCUCUCCUCUCACCUGAGAGGAAGCUUCUGUCCUGUCAGCUCAGGGCUUCUGUCCUGUCAGCUGAGAGAAAGCUUCUGUCCUGUCACAUGAGGGCGGGCUUCUCUCCAAUCACCUGAGGGAAAGCUUCUCUCACCUCAGGGAAGGCUCCUGUCCUGUCACCUGAGUGUCAGGAAGUGGAGCUGAGUUGGCAGUAUACGGCAGCAGUAUAUGCCAUCCCAGAGGAGGCUGUAAAAGCUCCGUAAGUGGGAGAUGACAGAGCCAACGCACUGCCUGUGUUAGGGGAGCAACAGAACUCCGAUAGUGAUGUAAAUUAUUGGAGCAGUGUUCAUCUAGGGAAUUGCAGACAGACAAAGCAGCUCUGAGGAAUUGCAUCCCUGUCAAAGAAACUUUGUUUCAGCUGAGGCUUGAAUAACAGCAGAAAUGAAAAGCAGAGUAAUCUGGUGAGGGGGAAAAUGAACUGCAGAAACUUAUAAGGAAGAGGUUUACUCAUUCUGCCCAGAGGCUGAACCAGCAGAGACAGCAAAGCCAAUGUGAUUCAUUAAAGGAAGACACUGGACAAUUACCACCAACUUGUUCAUAUUUUGCCUUGGAUAGCCUAAGCUGUUUGGGACUGAUUCUUGAGCAUAGUUUAUUGAUGAAAAGAAGUCUUUGGUUGAUGCUAGCUUCACCCAGGUGAAAACUAAGGAACUACUAGGUGAAAAUGACACAGCAAAUGCAUAAUUUAAGUCUCCUUCAGACUAAGAAGAACAGCAUGCCAUCUUCUCCAAAUGCUGCAAAGCGGUUGUAUCGGAACCUGUCAGAGAAGCUGAAGGGCAGUCAUACAUCCUUUGACGAAGCAUAUUUCCGAGCUCGAUCAGACCGGCUCAGUCUCCGUAAGACCUCAAUGAAUUUCCAGUGCAAUGAAGCUAUGUUUGAGGCCGUAGAACAGCAAGAUCUGGAUGCUGUUCAGAUUCUUCUUUAUCAAUACACACUGGAGGAACUGGACCUGAACACACCAAACAGUGAAGGACUAACUCCAUUGGAUAUUGCCAUUUUGACAAACAACGUCCCUAUUGCUAGGACUCUUCUACACGUUGGGGCAAAGGAAAGCCCACACUUUGUUGACAUGGAAAGCAGGUCAAUGCAUCUGAGUACAUUGGUCCAGGAAGCCCAGCAGCGAGUUACUGAAUUGUCUGCACAGGUGAUGAAUGAAGGCCUUGGUACAGACAACACAGAAAAAGAGAAGCAACUAAAAGCUUGGGAAUGGAGAUACAGGCUAUACAAGCGCAUGAAGGCAGGCUACGAGCAUGCUAGAGCCCCUGAGGCGCCAACCAAUGUCUGUCUCAUGGUAACAAGCAGUACAUCACUCACUGUCACCUUCCAAGAACCUCUGAGUGUCAACUCAGCUGUGGUGACCAAGUAUAAAGUGGAAUGGAGCUGUUCAGAAGACUUUUCUCCCUUGGUUGGUGAAAUAAUUAUGGAUAAUCUUCAGUCUUUGAGGUGCUCCAUCACAGGUCUCAAAACAGGUCAGAGGUAUUACGUUCAUGUUUCAGCAUACAACAUGAAAGGAUGGGGACCUCCACGCAAAUCUACUCCUGCAUAUGCUUCUCCUUCAAACUGGAAAGACUGCAGUGGAAGAGAACCUCGGCACAGGGGACACACUGAGGCCCUGGAACGUCUCCUUCAGCAGGUUCGAGCAGCUCAUCAGCAUUAUAAUUGCAGAGAAAAUUCCAAAUUACAAAAUGCUGGUCGCAAGCAAUCUGUCUCCAGAAGCCUGAAGCACCUGUUUCAUUCAUCGAACAAAUUUGUGAAGACUCUGAAACGGGGACUCUACUUAUCUGUUAUAUUUUUUUACAAAGACAAUUUAUUAGUAACCAAUGAAGAUCAAAUCCCAAUUGUGGAAAUUGAUGACUCUCACAGUAGUUCAAUUAUGCAGGAUUUCCUGUGGUUCACAAAGUUGUCUUGUAUGUGGGAUGACAUCAGAUGGCUGAGGCAGAAUAUGUCUAUAUCCGUGUCCUCAUCAACAACACUUCAAGCCAGGCAAAAGAUGCUUUCUGCAGCAGCACAGCUACAGAAUUUGCUGGGAACUCACAACCUAGGUAGAGUUUUUUAUGAGCCAAUCAAGGAUCGACAUGGCAACAUACUGAUAGUUACUAUAAGAGAAGUGGAGAGUCUUUAUUCAUUUUUUAAUGGCAAAUGGAUGCAGGUAUCCAAACUACAAAGCCAGAGGAAAUCCCUUUCAACUCCAGAGGAGCCAACAGCGUUAGACAUUUUGCUUAUAACAAUCCAGGACAUACUUUCCUAUCACAAACGAAGUCAGCAACGCCUUCCUCCUGGCUUGUAUCUGGGUUACCUUAAACUCUGCAGUUCUGUGGAUCAAAUCAAAGUUCUCGUGUUGCAGAAGUUGCCUAAUGUCCUGUGUCAUGUCAAAAUCCGAGACAACGGCAAUGUCUCCAAAGAUGAGUGGGAAUGGAUCCAAACACUUUCUGGCUCAGAAUCUGUGGAAAGUAUGGAUCAUACUUCAGACUGCCCUACUCAAUUGUUCUUGUAUGAGCUCCAGAUGGCAGUGAAAGCUCUCCUUAAACAGAUCAAUCUACCUCUGCAUCAGGCUAAGCACUUCCGUCUGUAUACACAGGAGGUGUUGGAACUGGGUCACAAUGUCUCCUUUCUUCUCCUGCUCCCCGCCUCAGACGACGUCUGCACUGCCCCAGGACAGAAUAAUCCUUACACCCCACACUCAGGAUUUCUUAACCUCCCUCUUCAGAUGUUUGAACUCGUUCAUUUUUGCUGUUACAAGGAAAAAUUUAUAAGCCUGUAUUGCCGCCUUUCUGCUGUCAUAGAGCUGGACUCUCUGAAAACCCAGCAAUCCCUAAGGGAAGCAAUUUCAGACAGUGAAGUCGCUGCAGCCAAACAAAGACACCAGCAAGUUAUAGACUACAUACAGCAAAUUGAUGAUAUCUGGAGGGAAAUGAGAUGGAUCACAGAAGCACUGCAGUAUGCCAGAUACAAGCAGCCAGCAGCUGGCCUACCAAUAAAGAAGCUUGUGAAUCUUUCAGAACACUCUCAAAAGAAAAUCAGUUCAACCUCUUCACAUCUAGAUUGUCUUCCUUCACCACCCCCCUCACCUGAGGCUAGAAGCCAGAGGAGAAAAGCUGUGAGUGAUUCCCAGCCCUGCUCAGAUGAAGAAGGCUGCUCUGAAGUAUUCCUUCCAACUGACAGUGACUAUGACUCCAGUGAUGCAUUAAGCCCCAGAGAAUUAGACUUGAUUUACUCCUCCUCACAUGACAUAUCCCAGCAGGCAGGCAGUGGCCUGGGUGGUAGCGCACCUGAUGUUCUACAAGUCCACGACAUGAAGCCUUGCCUAACAUUGAAAGAAGGCCUGACAGAAUGUAGUGCCUUUGAUACUAAUGCUGAACAUUGCACAGAGUAUAUGAGCAAUCUAACAGUGUCAGGGAAUACAUCAAAAAGCAUAGACAAGUCCUCUAGCUCCAAGCAGCCACUGAGCUUUUUAGGGAAAAAAAAGCUAGGGAAACAUCAACAUUACAACUACUUCAGCAGGCACCAUCGUUGGCUGCGUGUGCACAGCGAGACACAGUCUGCCUCUCUGUCUGAAGGCGUGUAUACUCAGCAUCUCAUGAGAUCUUCAGAUUUAUCUCAAGAACCUACCUCCAGUGAGCAGUUACAGAUUCCCAUUGAUGGAUCUCGGAGCGCUUUCUUACCUCAUGCAUCCAGCCUUCCAGAAGAUGGGAAAGGCAAGUAUGAGGAAUCAAGGCAGAAUGUCCAUAGUAUAUAUGUGGAACCUUAUAAAACAACACUUCAGAGUGAAGAGGACAAUCCCUGGGGAGCGAGCAUGCAAUCUGUAGAACAUAAGGAUGUGCACAAUGCUAUGCAACAGAAAAUGGAUCCAGAUGAUCAGUUGGGUUCUGCUGUCUCUGAAGUAUUCAGCAGCACACUUUAACCCCAGAUUUCUUCAUUGCUUCCCAUUGUUCCACAAGGAGAUACUGAGCAUCAUACAAAUAGGGCCAUACUUUGAAAAUCACUUGUAAAAAUCCAGCUUCUGCAAAUGGCAACUUGUGUCACUUUAAAGAAUCCUAAUCAUUUGACUUCAUCACCAGAUAUCUGGUGUUACAGCGGUAUCUGUCAUGAUGCAAGCGUUAUUAUUUGCAUUGGCAGUUUUGCAGGUAGGGUCCUGUCACCACAUAGCAGAACACUUUGUGGAUGCAAAUCUAGUAAUCAGUUUUUGCAGUUCUCUCGAUUUUCACCUAUCUCCGAGCAUGUAAAAUUUUAAGCACGAGUGGUUCUGACUGCAAUGUAGCAGACUCUGUAACAUCCUUGGUGUGCUCAUGUUAGGACUGUGUCCUAAUAUUCUAUUAACGUGUUUUCCACCAUUUCCUAUAUUUUUUUCUAUUUCUCAGCCCUCCUGAAUAUAUAUAGGUUGCAUGUAACUAAAGUGCUAACUGGUCUAGUAAUACAAUCAUCCCAGAGUUUCUAGCCAGUUACAGAGAAGUGAAAAUUCAAAAGUUAUCACUGACAUUGCAUGCACCAUCUCUGAAUGCUGCCAGAGCCUGAUAUAAUAAUUAUCACACUGUUUGAGGAGUGGGCAUUUUUUUUAUUUUUAUCUUUUUCCUCAGGAGCUCAGAUUUAAAAUAAGGUGGCAGGCUAUUUUAAAGGCUUAAAAGGCAGUCAACCUUUGAGGUCAAGAAUAGACAGAAUGAAGCUGAGCUCUGAAUGAAUAACAUGCAUGGUCUAUGUAAGAUCAAAGUGAAGGUUGGUCUUUUCUGCUGCCCACCACACAAGAGUACAUUUCUUUAUGUUGCAGGCACUCUCAGGCAGACAUUAGAAAUAAAUGUACCUACUUUUGGUCCUGAAUAUUCAGUGUGUAUUCAGGGGUAUUUGAUCACUAUGUCUGAACUUGGUAUAUUCUGGCAAUUCCAGUUAGGGAAAUUUGGGGUGCAGUUUGAAUCUAAGAUUUUUUACUUGUGCCACUGAUAAAUAUUAAUAUCAUAAGCAGGGUAGGAGAUGGUGUUUUAGUACUCCAUGUUUAUUUAGAGGCAGAUCGCAAUGAGUCACGAUUUUGUCCUUUGCAACUAGAAUAAGACUUACAGUACCACAGAAGAUGAUCUCAAAAAUGAAUGAGAACCAUAACAUUUGAGUCACUGAGAAAUGAACUAAUGUAAAGAGAAACCCCAGCUGUUGCACAAGCUUUAAUUUUUCUUAAACAGUUCUUGAAAUUUAAUUUUAUAGGCCACAUUCCUGCUGGUUAAAUUCCCUCACUCCAUGUUUGUGCAGCCUUCUACCUUUCAAUUUUUCAGCCUCCAGGUGGAUACAUUCUAAGGCCUCCAAUAAAGAGAUUUGAGUUAAAUAGUUGAGUUUACAAGUCCUUGAGGUGAAGGUAAGGAUUUGGGCCCAUGAUCUGUGGUCCUUAUUAAAAUAGCACUUCCAUAACCCCAGUGCUAUUAAAAUCCCUGUGAACUCAAUCCAUAAAUUCAAAAAUAAAUGUUAUUCACUAUUUCAUGCUUGGUCAGUAUGCAGAAGCCAAGAAGAGUCCUUGCAGUGAUAUAAGGGCAAAAACUUUCUAUAAGGGAUUUACAUGUUUAAGUUCUCUUUCUUUGGGGAGAGGGAAGUUAACUUUUUGCACCAAAACUAUUCAUUACCUGAUCCAGUUCUCAGUGAGGAUGGAAAGACUGCCGUUCACCUCCACAGGCUUUGAAUGGGACCCAUACUGAAAAUUCCUGUGGGUGAGAAGAUGGGGGGAGCAGAAGUGUCAGUGCCAACUUGCAGCUAUAAGGACACACAGUGUGCAUUUUAUGCCACAUGGAACUGCACGGGAAAAACCCAACUCACAAACCAUAGCACCAAACAGUGAUGUUUUACUGUCACUGAAGGCAGCAACAGCUUGUUACCUUAGAUUAUGUUCAUUAGCAGAGGGCUCUUUACCAGGGAGAGCCAGAGCUAUGUUGUAUUCAGAAGUCAAAAUAAUUUACGUCGUUUUCUAGUAUACAGCAUCAAGCUCAUGCUCCCCUAACCUGUUUAGCCUCUAAGAAAAACUGCCAUAUAACUGUUUCUUAAAGAAUAAAAAUAACAAUAUGCUGAGGCAAUAUGUUUUUGCAGAAAGUGAAGAGAUAAAAGAAGAUGUUCCUAAAAUGAAACCCACCUUGCUUUGCUUUGGCUCUUCAGGAAAAAAUAAAACAAAAAAUACCACCGCCACCAACAAAACAAAAACAAAAUAAAACAACAAAAAACAGUGAGGGCAAGAAGUAGUAAAAUCUACAGCAGAAGAACUGGUAUAUACUGCUGGGUAGAUAAGGAUGUAAAAAUCUGUUAUCUACUCCUGGUGCUGGGCUUUUCCAGAAGUAGUCAAGUAUCUAAUAAAGAGCUGGAUUUUUUGCUGGCAGAAAGGGCUUGACCUUAUCAUAACUUUGCCUACCUGCAAGUGCUAAGACAGAAUCUGAAUCUAGGACUGCAAAUGCCAGACACAGUCUACACCAUCUCUAUUUUAACCUUGUUAUAUGGAAGUGGUGUUUAUGUGAUGUCCAAUGAGGCAUACUUCCUUUAUUCUAUUGAGGCUCUUCCAAAGUUUUAACAGUCAAACUAGUAAAUGAUAGUUCUGGCAUUAAAUACUUUUGUCUAUAAAGUACUGAGUUAUCUUUUGAGAGAAAUAUUUGUCUUUGUUCUGAAUUGCUAUUCCUGCCUAUUCAGUGAGUCAGCGUAAAGCAGCUCCUUAAAAGAAUAGUAAUGAACACCCAGAAAUAAAUACAUGUAGACAGUAAAAAGAGAUGUCUUUCAAGCACUGUCAUAAUACUAAUCAUAAUACUUCUGUGGUUCUCUUAGGAAGAUCACUCUCAUGUUUCACAAGCAACUACAGCAAUUCAGAAGAAUCCUGUGAAAUUCAGCACUUUUAUCCCCACUUCAUAGAGGCACAGAAGGAUUCAGUGACUGCUCUGAGUAGACCUCAGAGUAAAGGCUCAAAGUAAGGAAUCAAUUUAAAAUUAAGAACCUAAACCAUUGCUUUAAUCACUAGGAAUCCUCCCUCCAACUGGAGCUAGGGUCCCUCCCUGAGGAUUCUUGCACAGACACAGGAAACACUGAGGCUCAGAGCCCAGAGCAUACUAGAAUUCUGUGAGUCAGCAAACAGCUCGUUCAAAUGAGUCUGUACCCACUUACGUCAGCUGAAGCUCAGCUGUAAAGUGGGUACUUAGGUUUUGCAAACUUCUGGAUAUGUAUCUUUCUUAUUCUUACAUCUUGGUACAGAACUUUUGUCCUGUGUUUUUCAGGCAGUUUACCUUUGCCUAGGCUGAACCCAGUCCCUCCUAAUUUCUAGGCAUGACUUGACUGGCCAGAAAAAAACAUUGUGCUUAAAUAUUAUAACCCUUCAAAAAAGCAGUAGACAUAUAUCUCCUGUGGUCUGCAACAUUCCUGUUUCUUCUGGUAGGAAGCUAGAUAUAGGUAAACAGCAAGGUUUACACUAACAAUUCUUUGUAUAUACAAAAAGGCAGACCGCUUGUGGACAGUUUGCCUGAAGGUACCUGUGGCUAAAAAGCAUUUAUUUCCCAUAGUUGCAUGUGUUUUUGCUUUGCCUUUAGAUAUUAAUAAACAAUUUGAUUUUCUAUACAAUAAGGGCACACACAGAGAAAUCUAUAAAUUAAUGCUUCAUUGCUUAAGUAUGCAUAUUUUUAAAUACAGGCAUUAAAGGGGGUGCAAAGGGAUAUAAUUUUUAUCUUGAACAUUUAUGUUUAGAGUGUUUUGGAAAGAGAUGGUGCAUCUUUACAUUUCGUGUGGUAUAAAGAAAUGCAUUAAGUUGCUGGUCAACUCUUUUAAGGUGUUCAAACACAUGGCUCAUGACUGUUACGUAAAACUUCAAUACAGCCUUAUUAACAACAAGGGUAUAGUGUAUUUGAAAAUAUGGUAUACAACUUGGAAACUUACUCUGAAUUUCUCUGAGGUGUUGAACUUUGCCAUCAGCAAAAAGUAUUUUUAGAAAAGGGGCCUUGAAUUUUCAGACAACAGAGACUUCAUCAAGGUAGGUCUCUGAUUUUUCCACUACAGCAAAACAUUAAAUAGCUAGAAUACUUUAUUUUUAAAUAUAAUUUAUCUUCUGAUUUCAUGAGGGAGAAUUCAUAAGGCUAAAUCAUGCCCAGAAGUGUGAAGCAGAGCUGUUGGACAGUAUAUUCUCUGCAAAAACUGAGAGCAACAUUCCCCAAAGUGGGCUGAAGAGUUAUACUCUGGAAAUGUGCUCAGGCCAGUAGUUUGUCCCUCGUCUGUGCAGACAAAAACUACAGGCAUCUCUUCUAAGUGUUUCCAAACUCAUUAGGAUUUUGUUAAUUUUGUUGUUGAUUUUACUGGACUUUGGAGCAGGCCCCAUAUACUUUUGGAAGCUGUGUAGAUGCUACUAGCUUGGAGCUCUUACCCAGUUUACUGUCUCUCAUACUGUGUUUUAAGGGUGUUGUAAGAGUCACGCUAGAAUAUUUUCCUCAGCCUUUUUGUAUCACAGUGUCUUGGGCAAGAUUUAGCCUUUAAACCAGUCAUCCUAUAGAAGGGUAAAGUGUUAUUAAGCUUUCUGUGACUAGUCUACAUAAAACCUCUUAUUUUGUUGAUCAAAUAAUAACAGAUUUUUAUGUUUAUUAAUUAUUAUUAUUUUUUUGACAAUUUACAUGAUCUAAAAUAAGAAAAAGUGAUUGGUGUAGCACUAACUGAUCUACUUUCAAACUGUGAAUUGUAGUAAUUUAUUAAGCAGAUGUUAAGGUAAACAUGCAGACUUUUUGUGUUUUACUUUAUAUAAAGGUCAGUUUGGGCCCAAUUCUGCUCUCAUUGGACUUCAUUCAAGGUUCUUUUGCACCAGUGUAAAUCAAGAGUAGUUCCACUGAAGCUGAGUCAGGUAUUCAUCAACUUGUAUAAAUCAGCAGAGCUCCACUCACUCACAAGGCUGGCUCAAUACCAGCCAAGGAUCUGGAUCAGUGGAGUCAUCAUAAAAACAACACAGUUACACUGGUGUAAAAAAUGAUACGUGUAAGGAAGACAAAAGGGUUUUUAUCUCAUGGAAUAUUCCCCUGGAUGUCAAAGACACUGUUGUCUGAGAAGGGCGCAGAGAGCGAGCCCACCCUGCUGCUGUGUGGUACUGGGAGAGAAACACAUAGGGCAUAACAUACUGCUACGUUUUGUGGUAGGGACCAAAUUUCUCUCCCAUAUUAUGCAAAUGAAUCCCCUACUGAAUGCAAUGGGAGUUCCAGUUAUUUCACUGAAAAAAAUGAAGACUGUUUAGGGUUAUUGGGGGCCUGAGGGAGGGCAAGAGGGGUUGUUUGUUUUUUUCCCCUCAGAGAAAAAGUAAUUUAAGUGAAAUGUGCAAGGCAGUGUUUAAUUGCUUCCUGCCUUGUUUGUACAUAGCAAUUUGGCUGUUUAUUGGUUGUCUUUGUUCAGAUUUUUAUUGUAACUUGUUGCUAUAUAUGCAACCAAGCGUAUGUUAAAGUUUAAACUUUGGUACAUAAUAAUGCACAAUUUUAUGUGCUUUAAAACUUUGUAAAUAUAUAGAUGAACAAUGUAUGCUGUGCUAACUGUGAUCUUGGGACUUGACACAACAAUAUUUUCAUGCAUAUGUACCUACAAAUGGUUUGAAAAUAGCAAAAUAUAUAUUGAGGAUGGCCAUGAGCCAAGAGUAAAUGAGUGCCGUAUGACUCAUGCUUCUUUAAUAAUUCCUGAAAGAGGCAUGUAUAGUACAUAAAAUAGACAAUAAAAAUAAUUUUCAAGACUACAAAUAUUUUUUAUAACUUCAGAUAUUAAAUACUAUUUUAGAAAAAAGAUUGGUUGGUAAAAGAAAUCUUAGGUUUAUUCAAGUGAAUCAUUGUCAUAAAAAUGUUCUUAACAGAAUUUUUUGUUUGAUCUAAUAUCAUAGAAACCUAGCUCUUUUAAGCUUUAGAAGAUCUGAAGUGCUCUUGCAUUCUUACAGCUCCUAUGAUCUACUAAAAUCAUGUACUUCAAGUCUUCUCUCUCAUUAACAAAAACAAAUGCUACUCUAUGCAUUCACAUAAUCCUAAAUACCAUGUGUACUUCUGUAUAAUCUUUAAGCUGUAUUUUUUAAAUAGGUUCUGACCAUCAUCAAGUAUCCAUGUACGUGAGCCUUACAAUCAAUGGAAAUCUGACUGUAGUUUGUGUUCUUUCUCUGAAUUCUUUUAUUUUUACUGGAAAAUAUUUUUUUUUCUAAAGCCAAGCUUUGAAAUAUGGUCUCCAAAUUUUGAUUUUGAUCUGCAUUGUCAGAAAUCUAAAUUGAAUGGGCAUGGCUUCCAGACUUUGUGGGUGAAAACAAUCUCCCAUCAAAAUCAACAGAAAUUGAAAAUCAUUUUAUAUAAAUGUAAAUGCCUUAUUACAGGAGUGAUAUCUGGGUAGUCGUAUUUGAAGCAGCAUCUUUCUAAUCUGUGUAUUAUACCUGCAGAAGAAGUUGCUGGCAUAUAAGCAUCUUCACAUCAAAGAAAUGAGCAGCAUAAAAAUCUUGCAGGCUGACAGACUGAGCCCUCUUUUUCUAAGCCUGAAGGCUCUCAUACAGGCUCUGUAGCUUUCAGCUGUCUAUUUACAAUGACAGCCAGACAGAAUCUGCUGUUUAUUUCUGGUGUGAAUCCAUGCUUUCAAGCCACAUUGUAAACAUACGGUAUUGUGGGUAUAUAUAAUCUGGUUGUAGUCGAGAAACACCCCAGAUAUUACCUACUGAGGCAACUACCUUUUAAAAGCGAAACAUGCUCUUCUGUUGUGAUUCUGUUUUUCAUAUAUUCUUAUACAAGGAAAAGAAAAGCACAGCAACAUUUCUAAUGUAGUAUAAAAUUGGGUUACUCUAUGUAAGCAAGAGAAAUAAGAACAAUCCCAUUUUGAAUGCUGCAGAGACACUGGAGGGAUUCUGCUUGGGGUAAUUGUUCACUUUGUUUCCAAGACAGAGGGGUUGCUAAAUGUAUUUUAGCUGCCAUGUUGUCUGAGCCUUUCAAUGUUUCAUGCACUGUUCUCCCUUUUGUACAGAUAAUGCCAUAACUGGAAAAAGUGACAUGCCCAAGGUCACACAAAGAGCUUGUGACAGAGCAGGGACACAAUUUUCUGGCUAGCAUCCUUACUACAGCAUCAGUCUGUUAUCCAUAGCUUGUGCAGAAGUAUAUAUGGUAAUGCAAAUGUUGAUGAAUGUUUGUGUUUCAGCCAUGACAUGCCAACUCAAUGCAAGCUUCAGAAUAACAGCAUCCUACUGGAGUAUCUGUGGAUACUUUCACACAUGGAAAAUAUCUGAACUAAAAUGCAGCCAAAGUGGAGUUAAACAACAGAGCAAAAUAAUUCUUAAAAUGUAAGAUAAAAUGUGACUGUCGGUCAUUUCUGCUUCCUUGAUUUUUAAUUUCAAAACAUUAAGAUUGUUACCACGUUUUCUAAGUUAGUACAAGAGAAAAACAAAUGUGAGCCUUUAGUCAUGUACAGUACUACUAUGAAAUUAACUACAAGAAACACCACAAGAGAAGGAUUUAUUGUGUGCAUGUACUUAAAUGACUGAUGCACUUUCGCAUGUACCAUGCAUUUUUAGGGCCAGGUUGUUCACAUGUUUUGCUUGCCCAGAGCUAAGAUUUUAUCUUUCCAUGAGAAGAUAAGUGGGUGAACAGUGCGAUUCCUACAGACCUUUAUAGCAAGUUUGCCAUGGUUUCUUGCAGACAGUGCUGUUUUAUAAUUGCCUCUGUGUUCUAUGCUGUUUUAUUGAAACGCUUUUAAACCAACUGGAAAGAAGCUAAAAAACUCUUAUAGGCAUGUUUUUGACUUGUUCUUCUGACAGCAAAAGAUAACCAUUUUGUUGUUCCAUUCAAAUGUAUUAACUUAUAUAAACUGUCAUCUCUCUGAGCGAACUAUUAAUGUAUUUUUUAAUUUUGUCUUUAAAUAAAAGUUUGGGGUUUGAUUUUUUUUUGCUUGCUUAUUUUGCAAACACACAAAAAAAAUCUUUAUUAAUAAGCUUCACCAUUUCCUUCCCCAGACCACUGUUUAAAAUCUCAAAGAAA